AAAAUAAACUGCGUGAAUCGCGUCCGACGUUUAUGUGUAAAUCGCAUAAAACCGCAGUUUUUAUUUUCUAUUAAAUGGAGCGGUAUAACCUACAUUCUAGCGUCCACGGCUCCUUCAGGAGUCGGGACUCCUCGUCGACCAUCGAGAGUGACCCGCGCGAAAAAAUUAAAGAUUGUCUAAGAAAGUUUAUAGCGUUUAUGUUUACACAAGUGGGUGUCGGCGCUCUCGUCGUGUGUUAUGCGAUUUUAGGCGCCGCGAGUUUCAUGCACAUUGAGAAGGACAGUCCCGAUCAGCAGCUCGAGAAUGUGGUCCAGUGGAGGCAGAAUUGUGUCGAACAACUUUGGAACAUAACUAAUAAAUACAACAUCCUAAACUACACAGCUUGGAUGUCCAAUAGCAACAGAGUAUUGAAAGACUUUCAAAACAAUGUCACAUCAGCUAUACACUUGGGAUAUAACGGUCGGUCCUCAGAAGACAUAUGGUCGUUCCCAGCGGCACUUAUGUACUCAUUGUCUGUGUUUACGAUGAUCGGCUAUGGUAAUGUUGUACCUAAAACCGUAUGGGGAAAAAUAGUAACUAUAGCAUAUGCUUGUUUUGGAAUUCCAAUUUAUGUGUUGUAUUUUUGCAAUAUGGGCAAAGUUUUAGCAAAGACGUUCAAAUGGUUAUACAUAACUGCUCAUGAGUGCAGUCGACGAGAGGAUCCACUCCUUGAAGAUGGAGAAAUACAGCCUGCUAAGAAGAAGAUUACUGUCCCGUCAACUGCUUGUCUUUGGGUGAUAUCAUUUUACAUCCUGACGGGGACAAUCAUGUUUGGAGCCUGGGAGAAAUGGAAUUACCUGGACUCCACAUAUUUUUGUGUGAUUAGUUUGUGUAAGAUUGGUUUUGGUGAUUUUGUUCCUGGAGCGAAUAUAGCUGAUUCAGCUGAAGGGUCCCAUUUGAAACUCGUUAUAAAUUUCAUAUAUGUUUUGCUUGGUAUGGGUUUAGUGGCAAUGUGUUAUAAUUUAAUGUGUGAAGAUGUGAGAUUCAAAGUGCGGGAGCUGAGAGAAGAUCUGAAGAACUGCCUGGACGAUAUCACUCUGAAAAUAACUGUUUGUAUGAAUGAUACUAAAUACUAUCACCAAAAACAAACGAGAAAUAUAAAAUGAUGUAAAAAAAAUCUGUCAUUCCAUUUAUUAAUAUUUGUAACCAACUUCAAAAAGAGGUGAUUCUUAAUCCAACAUUUUUAUGUGUACUGAUUUCGAAAUAUUUUAUUUAUAUUUGAAAGGUGCAUGUCAUGUGGUCCCAUUUAAAUUUGAGCAAAUCUUAUGAGUAGUUU